AUGAAUUUCGACAAUGACGCCAUCGUCUUAUUCAUCGAGCACAUGUCAGGGCUUCGUCACAUGUAAGCCGAGAACGUCAGGGUACCGCAAGCGCCCAGCAACGAUGGCGACGUCGACAACGUGAGUUUGCAAAUUUCAAAAUCCCAAUUUCUAUAA